GUCACAUGAGCCGCCGCCCUCCUUCCCCGGCACCCCUCGGCCGCGAAUGGCACGGCCCGGAUGCGCUUGUACGCAAGGAGGGUGCGGGCGAACCAUUGAGCGGGGGCGGGGGAACCCGGCAGCCGCCGGCCGGGAACACCCCUUCGCCGGGGCGCUGCGGCGGCGGGGAGCGGACGUGACAGCGGCGCGGCCGGCGGCGGAGGGCGAUGGGGGUCCCGCGGGGACAGGAGCGCCAGGCCCCGCAGGAGGUUGAAACAAGAGAAGAUGAGGAACAAAACAUCAAGUUGACUGAAAUCUUGGAGCUGUUGGUGGCUGCUGGGUAUUUUCGAGCAAGAAUCAAGGGGUUAUCACCCUUUGACAAGGUGGUGGGAGGCAUGACGUGGUGUAUCACUACCUGCAGCUUUGAUAUCGACGUGGAUUUAUUAUUUCAGGAAAACUCUACUAUUGGUCAAAAAAUUGCCUUAACUGAAAAAAUCGUGUCAGUAUUGCCAAAAAUGAAGUGUCCACAUCGUUUGGAACCACAUCAGAUCCAGGGACUGGAUUUCAUUCAUAUAUUUCCUGUUAUACAGUGGCUGGUGAAACGUGCAAUAGAAACAAGGGAAGAAAUGGGAGAUUAUGUCCGUUCUUACUCUAUAUCACAGUUUCAAAAAACUCACAGGCUGCCAGAGGAUGAUGAAUUCAUGCAAAGAAAAGAGAAGGCACUCAAAACGGUUACUGAUAUCUGUGUAAGUAUGAGAUAUGGAUUUAGCAGACAAGCAGGAAAAACAGAACAGAAGGCUGAAGAUAAAAAAGCAGUGCUACCUCCAGGGCUUGCAGCAGCAGGGAAAGCUGAGCCUUGUGAUGAAGAUGACCUUCAGGCUGCUGAAGAGCUUCGCAUUAAAACUCUGAUGACUGGAAUGGCUGCAAUGGCAACAGAAGAGGGCAAGCUGACAGCAAGCACAGUUGGCCAGAUUGUUGGGCUCCAGUCAGAUGAGAUCAAGCAAAUUGUGUCUGAAUAUGCUGAGAAGCAAUCUGAGCUUUCUGCUGAGGAGCGACCAGAAAGGCUUGGAGCUGCCCAGCAGCACAGAAGGAAGGUGGCAUCUCUCAACAAGCAGAUUUUGCAGAAAACCAAACUCCUCGAAGAGUUGCAAGCUAAAUGUGCUGAUCUGCAGGCAAAAUGUACCAAAGCAAAAAAGACAUUAGCAGAGGUUAAGAGUUACAGUGAAAAGCUGGACAAGGAAUUGGCAGCCUUAGAAACAAUAGAAUCCCAAGCAGAUUCUAGCAUAUUACAGAGUCUGCGAGCACUGGUGGCCAUGAAUGAAAACCUAAAAAGCCAGGAGCGAGAGUUCAAAGCACAUUGUAGGGAAGAAAUGGAGAGACUACAACAAAAUAUUGAGACUCUGAAAGCUGAAGCAGCGGAAGAUGGGGAGGAACAGGAGCCAAAUAAGAUUAUAGAACAGCAGUACAAAGCUGAGAAAGAGAAACUUCAGAAGAUCCGCCUGCUACUGGCACGAAGAAACAGAGAAAUAGCCAUUUUACAGCGCAAGAUUGAUGAAGUACCCAGCCGAGCUGAGCUCACACAGUAUCAGAAGAGAUUUAUUGAACUUUACAGUCAGGUCUCAGCAACUCACAAAGAAACGAAGCAGUUUUUUACUCUUUAUAAUACACUGGAUGAUAAGAAAGUAUAUUUGGAGAAGGAGGUUAACUUACUGAAUUCUAUCCAUGACAACUUCCACCAAGCCAUGGCAUCGUCCGGAUCUCGGGAGCAGUUUUUGCGGCAGAUGGAGCAGAUUGUAGAAGGCAUCAAACAGAAUCGAAUGAAGAUGGAAAAGAAGAAGCAAGAAAACAAAAUGAGAAGAGACCAGUUGAAUGAUGAAUACUUAGAGCUUCUAGAGAAACAGAGGCUUUACUUCAAAACAGUGAAAGAAUUUAAAGAGGAAUGCCGUAAGAAUGAAAUGCUGCUGUCCAAGCUGAAAGCCAGUUCUUCCUGAAGAACUCCAGCUGGGGAAAUUUAUAGAAGAUUGUUCAGUCCAUUGAAUCUCUUUUGUGAGGUGACAGUUAUAACUGCAAUGUAGAUGUAUAUAUAUAGAUAUAUAUAAAAAAUAUAUAUACACACAGCUGUAAAAGUCUGGUUUUUCCAGUAUGUGUUCAGUUUACAUUCCCUCAUCACAUGGCUGUAUUAUUCAUUAUUGCCUCCACUACACAGUAAAGAGUUAACACAGUACAGCAAAAUAGAAAUACUGUCUAACUUUAUUUAUUUGGGUUUGGGUUUCUUUUUCUACAGUAAGGACAGUGGGAAUGUUUUUUUAUUUGGGUUUUAACACUGAAUUAGGUGAAAAUUCUGGAAUAAGUUUACAUGUACUGUGUAGCAUGUCUACUAGCCCACAGGAUGUGCACUGCAGAAUGCAGUAGUUUAUUAAUUUUGGCCCCAAAAAAACCCACAGAAUGAGAUUCUUCAAACUUGCUUUUCCAGUUAAUAACUUCACAUUAUUUUAGUUUAUACUCUAGCCAUAUAUAGGAUUCCAAAGGAUAACAAUUAAUUUCUAACGACUAAGAAAAUGAAAACUUACCUUGGAUAAUUCCUGGUGUAAAAUUAUAGAUCUAUAUUUUUAUAAAGUCUAGCUGUUGUAUAAAUUUUUUGAAAUUUCAUUUUUAUAUAUAGAGAGUUUGCUUGUUAAAUUAAUAGCUCCAGGAAAAAAAAACACCUUAAUACUAGGAUCACCACAUUAUCCCUGGCUGGGAUGAAAAUCAGAGUCUGUCACCUGUAAUAUAGGAAGAUAAAGAUUGAGACAUUCUGCUCUAAUGAACUGAUGCUCACCUUUGAAGACAACAACCUACUUACCCUGCUGAAGAUUUGCUCUUGAAAGUUCAGAAACUUUGUGGGACACUUUCUGAGACAUUUUUAUAUCUGUAUAUACAGUAUUUUAUAAUUCAAACAAUUGCUUUUUGUACUUAACACCAGGAUUUUGGACUGACUUCUUAAUGUACAUGACAUCUUCAGGAAAAGAAGACCCGUGUUCCUUUUUCCCACUGGCACUGAUGACAGCGCUGUUCGAUUACUGUCUGUGGCAGCAGAUAUAAAAUAAAGAAUGUUUGGAAUCCA